AUGGAUUACGCUUUUCGCGCACACGGGGAAGUAGGCGAGACUCGAACGGACAAGCAAAACCUUUGCCGCUCUCUAUUGGAUGCUGGAGAUAAGAGAACAGAGUGUAGGUUCGACAUUGUGGUAUUGGCACUCAGAGGAAUGAUGGUAAUUACUCAUGGUGAAGACCGAAAAGUACUGCGCAAGUGUGCUGUUCCAACUGUGGAAACGGCAGGAAAGAUACAGAAAGCAUCUCUUAAGGACCUUUCACUUGGAUAUGGUGAAAUGAUGGACUAUCAAUAG